GACGCGCGCCAUUUUGUCCAGUGUUCGUCGAACGCGUCGCGCGUCGGGGUGUCCUGCGGGGUUGCGUCGCGCUGCGCGAGCGAGCGAGCGGAAUUAAUUGGAACGGUGCGUGCGUGCGGUGCGUCGACGGUGCGGCGGUACUAUACGCGCGCUCGUACGACGUACGACUGGGUGCGUGGGUGCGUGCACGCGUAGAAGAGCGAGCGAACGUUCAGGGGCCGGUGUAAUAUGUAUCCCGUGGCUCCGGUCGUGCCUGCGGCGACGUAUCGCGCGAGGGAGGACGUCUCCCCGGACGUGGGCGAGCGGCGGCAAAUGUAGCGUUGUGAGGACGCUGCUCGAACGUGACAAAAGGGAAAAAGGACACGGCACUGAGAGGUGAAUGGCGGCGAUUGUCCCGCGGACGUCUUCUUCUCGUCUUCUCCUGGGCCAGCCGACCCCGUCGUCGUCGCCGGAGAACAGCGUGCUACGUGCAGGCCUAACGACAUCGCACGUAAGCGAGAAUGCGUACCCCUGCUGAAACCGAGACACUGACCCAACCCGAAAUGUAUUACCUGGACAACGAGGAGACGGGAACGUCCGCCGACGUGAGCCAAGUGGUCCUGUCGUCCCCUCAUCCGGAGGCUCACAUCUUUACGAACAGCAUGUUAUGCAUCCAAGAAGAGCUGGGUCAGCUAAGUGCAAUCGCAGGGAGUGCCGCGAUCACCGAUCCGCGAGAAGCCCAAGUACCAAACAGCAGUCACACCAACUCGGAAAAUAAUAGUAACGCCAGUGACAAAUGUAGCCCCGGAUCAGGAAGCCUCGAUUCGCAACGAUCUAGUUGGGUCGAAGGCAUACUAGGGUGCAUGCGUCCCGUCUGGACUAUGCUGUCGAAGGCUGCUGUAAACGAGAAAAUCAAAGGUCACUCGACGGAUGAUUGGGAGAUACCUUUUGAAUCGAUCAGCGAGCUGCAGUGGCUCGGGUCCGGUGCUCAAGGUGCGGUAUUUAGCGGGAAACUAAAUAAGGAGGUUGUAGCUGUGAAAAAAGUGAGAGAGCCGAGAGAGACUGACAUACGCCAUUUGCGGAAGCUCAAUCACCCGAAUAUUGUGCAAUUUAAAGGUGUAUGUACACAAGCCCCGUGCUAUUGCAUAAUAAUGGAAUUUUGCCCAUACGGACCAUUGUACGACCUUCUAAGAGCCGGGGAACCGGUUCCCCCUACUAGAUUGGUGUCAUGGUCAAAGCAAAUUGCUGCAGGAAUGGCAUACCUUCAUUCCCACAAGAUCAUCCACAGGGACCUCAAGAGUCCAAACGUUCUGAUAGGACAAAAGGAGGUGGUGAAGAUCAGUGACUUCGGUACGAGCAGGGAGUGGAAUGAGAUUAGCACGAGGAUGAGUUUCGCCGGUACGGUGGCGUGGAUGGCGCCUGAGAUAAUCAGGAACGAACCGUGCUCGGAAAAGGUGGACAUAUGGUCGUACGGCGUCGUACUGUGGGAAUUACUUAGCGGCGAGAUACCUUACAAAGACGUGGAUUCCUCCGCUAUUAUUUGGGGAGUCGGCAACAAUUCCCUCCGCUUGCCAAUCCCAAACAGUUGUCCCGAGGGUUACGGUCUAUUGGUCAAACAAUGCUGGGCAGCUAAGCCACGUAACAGACCGUCCUUCAAGCUUAUCGAGAUGCAUCUCUCUAUAGCGGCAGUCGACGUGCUAUCUACGAAGCCCGAAGAUUAUUUUAAGGCACAGCAAUCUUGGAAGAAGCAGAUAAGAGAACAUAUGAUGCAAAUGCAAUCAAACAGUAACAGCAGUCCGCGUUUCGAAGCCGACCUGAUCCGCCGGAGGGAAGACGAAUUACGGCACGCUCAGGAUAUCAGAGAACAUUACGAACGCAAACUCGAGCGGACUAACAACUUGUACUUGGAAUUGAGCGCCGUGUUGUUGCAACUAGAGCUACGCGAACGAGAUGUAAUAAAAAGUAAAUCGACGUACGUUUGCAGGAGAGAACAACAAUCCGGUUACAAGCAGUGCAAGAAACGUCUUGUCCGUCCCUUGUUGAAAGCCCAAGAGAGGCUCUACCGUAAACGAAACGGCACGGUGCACUUGUCCACCUCGUCCACGCCUACUACUCCACCCUCACCCACGGACUUGCCGCAGAGUCCUGUCAAAGCCAUUAUGUACACGCAGCUGAACGAAUCUAAUCAGCCGGAAACCGUUCUGGCACCGAGCAACAGCUUCAAGCAACGUAAAUACAGACAUCGUAGGGUUGGCUCGGGCUGUGGCGUGAGCUCCAGUCCCAGAUCCAGCCCUCAUCGUGAAAGAAAGAGCACAGAAGUACCUGCAAGAUUCGUCGAUAAUCACACGCAAACGGACAUAAUGGACAUCAGCGAGACAGACCACAGCCCGGUAGCGAAUGCGGCGCAUUCUCUAGCGGAGAGGUGCUCCUUGGACGGCGGCGUCCGGAGACUUUCGUUGAAUAAAUCAGCGGCGGAGUGUCUGAACGGCAAUCCGGCUUUGCCGGAAUCGCAUUACAGAAUCGAGUCUAGUCCGUGCUCCAGUCCCGAACCUUUGGAUGAAAAUAACUCCAAUGGGAAUGAGCGUUUGAAGGAUUGCAGCGACGACGAUAAUCUCGAGACGCUCGGCAGAAAAGUCAGCGAGAUUAUUAAUGCAAAUCGUCUUAUCUCACCCAUUGACAAUGGAAACGGCGAGGAUGUCCUAAUCUCUCAUAGUAGGAACAAAGAAGAUCCGGCCAAAUUAAUUCACUUUUGCGGUAUUAACGUCAACGGGACGAAUAUUCAGCAAGAACAGUCCGACAUUAUAACGCGAACAGACAUUACAAAUGAUCGCGAAGAUGACGCGUGCGAAGAGAGCUGGUCAGACGAAGAGGGGGAGGACCCGAGCUAUACUUAUAACUAUUUGCGACGAAGAAGUAUCGCAAGAAGGCCGAUAGCUCCUGGCUGCAGAUUAAGAAGAUCGAAACAAACGACCGAAAGAGCAAAGGUGGUGUUGGCCUCCGAUGAGGAAAAUACUUCUGAAUAUUCGCAUCCUCCGUCCAGUCAGUCCUCCACUUUAGAAAGCAACCCGGAUGUUCAAAGGGCUUUCCGUGAUAUACAUGAUUCUCAAAAGAGGAAGGAAAUGGACGACGCUUCUGACACGUCGAGUCAAUCAGAAACGGACGAGGUCAGUGAGGUUACAAUUGCAUCUCAACCGGCGAGCGGAACUAAGAAGAUAGAGAGCAGAGUAUAGACUAUACCUUUUAGUGUAAUUUUUAUAUCUGAUUUGUGAACGAUUUAUAGCGUAGUUACUACUGCCCAGUGAAUUCGGUAAUUACGGCAUCCCUCAUUCUGCAUUCUUAUGUUAAAUAUGUAGAUAUAUUUAUCUGUUCAUACCUAUACAUACAUGCGACAUUGACACACAUACAUAUAUGCAUAUAUAUAUAUAUAUAUAUAUAUAUGUACCCAGUGAGAUGCAAAAUGGUUUGGAGGCAGCCAAUUCAGAAUGCAGCCGAUGGUCCGAUGAGAAAACUUGUUUCUUACUAAUUCGUCUUCUUAUUGGAUCAUCAAAUGCUCUCCGAGCUUAGCUACGUCCAAAAUUGUUUUGCUUCCCGCUGUACAAUUCAUACAUACAUGCAUCUGUACGUCAUAUGUACACGUAUAUACAUAUAUACAUUAAUAAGGAAUAUGUAAUAUUAUUUAGAAGAUAUAAGCAAACGAUUAUUCUGAGAUUCGACUCUUUACACAUCUCUUAUUUAAAUGCGGCGAAUCCGAACGACUUUCGAAACACGCUCGAUCAUUAUUUAAGCAGUCGUAAACUGUUAGGAAGAUUAGAUUAAUAUUGCUCAAGUUUGAGUUACACUGAGAAUCUGUUCGCGGUAUAUACAUGUGUAUAUAUCGGCAUGAGAUCAUUGACUUAGAUCUAUCGUAGAAUUUUCAUUCGACAAGUCGAAAUAUUAGAGAAGAAAUAUGCUUCGAAGGGAUAUCGUUCGCGCAGGUGCAGCAGGUGUUGCGUUAUAGUAUUACACGGAAUCGCUGUGUACUCGAGUGUUUGAGGGAACGUAUAUUUAUUUCCUGCAUUGUAUUCUCGUACUUUGUGUUCACAGUUCCUCCUGAACGCGCGCAUUUGAUCACUCUCGAGCCGUAAAUUUCAUUUCGAACUGUGCAUAACCGACCGCCGUAGAAAUAAGUUUUCUAUAUGUUGGAAUUGUUCGAAAGCGAUCCUGCACUGUGGCGAAUAACUCCGAGUUCACACACACACACACGCGCGCACACACACACAUUUCCCUCCCUGUGCAUUGUAUUUGUGCCCGACAAAGUGAAGAAGCGGUUGUAGAUAGCCGUGCUUACAAGUGCAUCGGGCUAAUAAUGAUAUUAUGUAAAUACACAAUUAAAACGCGCGAGCUAGAGACGCGUGAAAACAAUACAACAAGAUCAAAUACCACUACUCCUAGAAACGGAAUAGAAUGUACAACAUAACGAUAACGAUUGUAAAAUGAAUUUUAUGACAUAAGUGCCUAUGGCAAUUUGCAUGCAGUACGUCGAUGUCGCGACGAAUCGAAGUGUCUAGUGAAAGUUAGAAAAAUUAUGAAACUACAAUAUUACGCAAUUUAGUCUUUGAGGCAUGUAUUGAAGAGAUAUUGUUGUACCUAUGUGAUCUUUUAUAUUUACAAUGAAUAUAUACACACACGAAGACACGUUAAACCGAAAACAAGAUGAAAAUUACUAAAAAAUGUGAAAAUUCUCUUCUCCCCGAAGCUAUUCUCUAUUUACUGUAGUAGGAGAGUACUUUGUAUCUUGUUACC